UUUUUUCCCAUUUGUUUUUCUUUUAUCAUUAGGGGAAAUGAUAACACAACCACUUAUCAUACCUACACCGCUAAUGUUUUGUUUUGGCACCUUUCCGCCUGUCCUUUCCCUCAGCCAGAGGGACAGACAGACCUUAUCUGUUUUUCUGGAAUCCAGUUGAACGAUGGUAGCACAACCUAGACAAUCAACUCUUAACGGUAGAAAUGCAUAUUUGGACAUAAAAUUAGUUUGGUGCCACCUGCCAAUGUGAAUAAAACUUCGGUUAUAGCAAAUGUCGAAGCUAACGAACGAGUUGCAAGCGCUAGCCCAAAAAAACUGCAAUGAGACCACGGAAAUUCGCGAAAAUUCGUUGGUCUCCCUCUCGCUUUGGAUGAAAAAGACUUCACAUCUGAAAGCUCGAGCAAAUGAGGAAUGGCUGGUAUCCUUUUUGCGCUAUUCACGAUUUAGUGUGGAGGAAACAAAAAAACGUUUGGAUAAUUUCUAUACUUUGAAGGGUUCAUUUCCCGAAGUGAUGAUGAAUCGUAGCAUAGAUGAUUCACUAUUGACGUUGUUCCGACAGGGUAUUCACACUAUCCCUCGGAAGCCCGUAACACCUGAGGGACCCUGUAUUAUCAUCUCACAAUAUAGCAAAUAUGAUCCCAAGAAAUAUAAUCCCAAAGAUGCAUUCAAGUUGCUCUUUAUGCUGUUGGAAAUUUUGGCUAACGAAAAUGCAAAUGCCAGCAUAUCAGGUUUGGUAUACAUAGUGGAUGCUCGAGAUGUUAUCAUGGAACAAAUGCUGCAAUACCAUCCGGCUUUGCUAAAGAAAACCUUAAUGUUGAUAGAACAUUGUCUACCAUUAAGGUUUGUGGAAAUUCAUUUGAUCAAUAUGCGCAAAGAAGGACAGACGGUAUUUAAUUUUGUGACAUCAUUAAUGCCCAAGAAAUUGCCUUUUAAGUUUGUGGUUCAUCAAAAAGCUGAGGAUCUAUAUCAGCAUAUACCCCGCGAUGCCAUGACAGUGGAAUAUGGUGGUCACAAUGGUUAUCAAUCCGAGGCUCUCAAACAUUGGGAAGUGACUUUGUUAAAGUACAAGGAUUACUUCGCUUCAGAUGAUAGUUUUGGUGUUAAUGAAAAACUGAGGGUGGGCAUUAAUUCCAGUCUGGAGGUAUCUCAGUUAACUGGCCUCAAUGGUUCAUUUCGUAAACUAGAUGUAGAUUAA